UGUUAUACAAGUUGAAUGUUGAAUGUGCCGCUGUGAAUGAGAAGAUGAGGAGUCGCGCGGCUUAGGCAGCGCUAGUACAGUUAGCAUGAACGUGUGAGGAAAGUUUCUCGUAAAACAUCUUAAAAUCACACUACAGUCAUCAGAAACCGUCCGGAUGAGACAAACUCAUCGAUCAUGAAGACAAACGCGUUCCCACGCGAUUUAGGUUAGAAAGCGUCUGUCAAACAUAUAAACAACACACACACGCACUUCAUAUACACAAACACACAAUCACACACCUGUCAGACAUCACUCAUUCACAAACACACGCCCAUUAGCAGUCUGACGUCACGCACACUAAACAUAUUAUAACAUCUGUCAGGUGUACAACAUACAAUAUUAUACACAGACAGACACCUGUCACAGUGGAUCUGCAUUCACCUGAGGAUGAUGAUGAUGAUGAAGGACUGACUGCCCUGUGACACACACACACACACACACACACAACAUGGGCUCGUCUCUGAGUGAACCUUGUAUCUAUGAUAAGUUAUCAGAGAGUAUAGAUAUACUGAGACAGUCCGGUUAUCGUUAUGGGAUGUCAGAGAGAGAGAUUGAGAGAUUCAUCAAACAGGUUCUGGAGACGAAUGAACCCCGUCGAGAUCCACCACAGUUUCCCUUUCUCAGAGCGACAGUCAAGUUUUUAGUUGCUGUUGGGGUUCUGUUGAUCGCUGUUUUAGCGUUCACAUACCCACAGAGUCCCCCCCUCCUCGGACCCCUGAGGGCCACAGGACACAACUGGUCGUCCCCGCUGAGUCACAUCCGUCUGCUGUCACUGCCCAUCGCUAAAAAAUACAACCUGCACGGAUUUCAUGAGUGGUGGGUCGCAGCUCAGGUCAACUGCUCCGCCUGCGCAGACGUGACUGCAGUGCUGGAACUGACUGAUGUGUUAAGCGAGUCUGCAGUGAUGCACAGAGAAACACAACCCAUACUACUGAAGGGUGGAGAGUCUGUGUCUCAGCGUGUUUCUCAGCUGGAUCAGUUUUCAAGAGUUUCUCACUUCAGCGUUUCAAAGCCGGAGACAAACACACAAUCACCCGCUAACAUCAGUCUGAUCUGGAGUUUCUCAUCCAGUCGGAAAGAGACGAUUUUCCAAUGGCUGUUUCCUGACGUCGAGCUCUGCCCCCUGCUGAACAACACAGGAACUACACCGCAACACUGUGAGCUGACCGACAACACGAGCUCUCAAAUCAGGAGAGAGCAGGUGAUGGGUUGGCUGGUGGUUGCUGAGGGAUCUCCAGCCGUUGGUGUUCGUCCUGUCCAACGAUGUGAAAAACACUGCAGAUCUUUUAACUUGUGGCUUGAGCCGGGAGAUAUGGUCUACGCAGAUCCACGCUACUGGAUUACAGAGCUGUUCCCGGGGCAAGGUCAGAACAUUGUUUGUGACGUACCGGUGCUCUGAGGAUUCACCUCACAUGAACUUCUCUGUGCCAAUGAGCUUCAUUCGGUGUGAAUGACACAUUCCUGUCUCACGACCUCACUUCCUGAGAUGCCGAACGUCACGCGGAGAUCCUGAAACAGAAGAGAAUCGGCUAAUAAUGCCUCUCACAGAGUCUCAGGGUCUUUAUGAAGAAGAAGAAGAAGAGUGUUUACCUGCGGAUGUUCUCUCAGGUCUGGUUCUGAUCCACAACCACUGACCGUAAGCAGAUAUCAGGAAAUCAGACGUUUCUUUAUUUUGAUUUUGAUACUCUUGACACGAAGAUUCAGAAGUGAUUUAUCUCAGUGAUUUUUGUCUGUUGAGCUCCAGUGAUGCAGAUCUGAUUUUGUCACCGUCUUACGAUUUGUGUUUAACUUAAAAAACACAAAGUUAUUUUUUGCAUGAAGAUGAAACUUACUUUAAGCAUUACAGUUAUGACAUCAAUAUGAGUCUAAAGUCUGUUUAUUAAAAUGCCAAAGAAAAAAAAGAUGAGGUUUAAUUGGUAAAGAAUUCACAUUUAUUUUAAUUGCGUCCUACAGGAUGAAGACUUUUUACUAUAUUUGUGUAUUUUCGUAAUGUUGGGGGAAUAUGAUUUCACGGCAAAUAAUCGACAUGCUUUUGAAAAACAAGCUUAAUGCAAAUAUAAUCUCUCAUCUGCCGUUCCUGCUGAUCAGCCAAUCAAAGCACUUUAAAUGUUUGUCAUCAGCCGAUGAUGUCACAUCCUGUUAGAACUCUUGUAGAGUCACAUCUGUCUCAGUGUGUAACAUGCAGGGUUAGGUUGAUGUUUUACUAGUAGGGAUUGCACACUUUUCUCAACCAAUCAGAGACUGUUGAAUGUCAUGACGUCAUAACACGCCGUGUAAUCAGACUGUACUGAUGGUUAAUCGGUUAUAGUUUGGAUAGAUGAUGUUUAUUCUCUUGAGUUGAAUCAGUGUAAAUAAUAAUAAUAAGAUGUUUAUGUGAUGACUAAUAUGAUUCAGAGAUUUAUGUUUUAUUGUAGGAUUUACACAGUAAACAAAUGUUGCUGUUGAUUAAA